AUGCAGUCAUGUAUCGCCAUGAAGUGGGAUUGCGUAUGCCAAUACACAUGGGAAGUGAAACCGUUGGCGAGCAGGGACCUAGUCCGGUUGAUCAACCAUGUCCAGUGCAGGAUCAACGACCAAGAUGCAUGUCUUGAUGUGGUAUGCUUGCUACUAUGGAUGCCGGCCAAGUCUUACACGCUUUCAGUGCCGUUGCCGGCCUUUUCGUGUGAUCAAUAUGUUGUAAAUACAGCUUUGCAAUGGCUCCGAUGA